AUGAAAUUGGUAUAUAAAGAAGAUCCAAGGACUAUCGUUAUAGCUUCUAAUAAUUACUCAUUAGGAUUUCGUGCACUUCCUUCCACCCCUAGUAGUAUCGACAAUGCCAGUAGCCAGCUGUCGGUGGCAGUAGAGUUGCUUCCAACAUCUCAGGUUACAAGAGAAAAUGGGUACAAAAAUUUAUUGAAUAAAGAAAUAUUCGGGUGUUUAGGUCUUAUUGAGGUAGGUAAAAAGCCAUAUUUAGCUGUCAUCACUGGUGCUAUUAGUCAGGUAGCAAGACCAAUUAGUGGAGAAAGUGUCAAUAAGAUUUAUUCUGUAGACUUCAUAUCUUUGAUUGAUUCCGAGUGGGACUUCGCUAAUACUGACGAAGAUAACAGACCUCCGGGCUCUGGCUACGAUGAUGAACUGGUAGAAUUAAUUCAUCCCUGUACUGAUCUUAGGAAAUUACUUUCCAAUGGAUCAUUCUACUUUUCCAAUGAUUUUGAUUUAACCUCGUUGCUUCAAAAUAGAGGGAUUAAGGACCAACAACAGCAAGAAGACACCAAGAGGAAUGAGCUGAACCAAUCUACGAAGAUAUCUUAUGUGAAAGAAUAUAUGUGGAAUACUUUCAUGAUGCAGCAGCUUUUCAAAUAUAGAUCAAAUUUGGAGCCCUUCAAUCAAAGAAUUUUGGAUGACUUAAAGGUUUUCACAACAGUCAUAAGAGGUUUUGCUAAGACGAUAAAGAUUAAUAACUUGGACACAUUAACUAUUAUUUCAAAGCAAUCAUGGAAACGAGCUGGUACACGUUUUAAUGCGAGAGGUAUCGAUGAUAAUGGGAAUGUGGCGAACUUUGUUGAAACGGAGAUGAUAUAUAAUAACGCAAGUAAGUCUGAAGUUUAUAGUUUCACACAGAUAAGAGGCUCAGUGCCAGCUUUCUGGGAACAAGACACAACUUUGCUCAAUCCCAAAAUUACUCUUACGAGAUCCAUAGAAGCAACUCAACCAAUUUUUGAUAAACAUUUUACUAAUGUUUGUAACAAGUAUGGAGUCUGUCACAUUUUGAAUUUACUUUCUAAAACUAAACCUGCAGAAGUAGGUUUAAGUAGAAGAUAUAAGGAACUUUACUUUGCAUCUAAUCAUAGAGAUGAGAUGGAAUUUUCAGAGUUCGACUUUCAUCAAGAAACCAAGCAACUCGGUUUUGCAGGAGCGACUAAAAUUUUGCCCCUUCUUCAAGGAUCUUUGGAACAGUUUGGUUGGUUUGUGUAUGAUACUGAGCAUCAAGAAGUUGUUACAAGACAAGAUGGGGUCUUUAGAACUAAUUGUUUAGAUUGUCUUGAUAGAACUAACUUAAUUCAGCAAGUAAUCAGUAGAAGUAUUGUUGAACAUAUUUUAAGAAAUAGCUUUAAUGGAACUCACAGGGACACUUUAGUUGGCGAAGAUGUACUUAACAAACAUAACCUGUUAUGGGCAGAUAAUGGAGACGCUAUAUCACAAAUUUAUACUGGUACAAAUGCGCUAAAAUCUUCAUUUUCCAGAUCUGGAAAGAUGAACUUUGCGGGUGCUCUUUCUGAUGUUACUAAAUCAGUGAGUAGAAUGUACCAAAACACAUUUGUUGAUAAUAAGAAACAAACGUUAAUGGACAUAUUGUUGGGAAAUGAUGCUAGUAAUAGACCAGUGAAGAUCUUUGACCCUAUUAACGAAUUUGUACAAGAGAAGUUACAAGAGAAAGCGAAAUUAUUUACUACUAGUGAUAAUAUUAAUAUUUUCGUUGGUACUUUCAAUAUCAAUGCAGCAAAUCCUAGUCAAGGUAGAUUGAUUGACCUUACUUCGUGGUUGUUUCCACCGGAAAUAAGCGAUGAUAAUUUACCUGAUAUAUAUGGUAUAGGGUUGCAAGAACUUAUAGAGUUGAAUGCAGGUAGUAUACUUGCUGCCGAUUCUUCAAAACCUCUCCUUUGGGCUAAUUUAAUUGAACAGCAAUUAAGUUCUCAGGGUGGACAAUAUCUUUUACUUCGUACCGAACUGAUUGCUUCUAUGGCAUUGUUUUUGUUUGUUAAAAAGUCGCAAGUCCACAAUAUAACACAAGUCACUGGAUCAUCAAAAAAAACAGGUUUAGGGGGGAUUGCUGCUAACAAGGGAGGCUGUGCGGUUAGAUUUGAAGUUGGAGUUACUUCCUUUGCCUUGAUAACAUCCCAUUUAGCAGCUGGAACUAAUGCAAUGGUCGAAAGAUAUAAUGAUUAUCAGACAAUUAUGCAGGGACUUACUUUUACGAGAAAUUAUACAAUUAAGGAUCAUGAUCAUAUCAUUUGGUUUGGUGAUAUGAAUUAUAGAGUCAAUCUUCCUAAUGAUCAAUGCAGAGAUUUGAUAGAAAAUGGCGCUUUUGACGAUUUAAUGAGACAAGAUCAAUUAAACCAAGAGAUGACAUCAAAGGGUGCUUUCCAUGGGUUUAAAGAAGGAAUUGUUAAGUUUUAUCCAACAUAUAAAUUUGACAAAGGUACAUCUAAUUAUGAUACAUCUGAGAAACAAAGAGUACCUUCUUGGACAGAUAGAGUGUUGUAUAGAAGUGAACCCGCAAAGAAGCAUGACUUGCUGCAAGUCUCCUACAACUCCAUCAUGGACAUAUUUGCUAGUGAUCACAAGCCCGUUUAUGGAAUAUUCAAGAGCAAAGUGAACUAUGUUGAUGGCUCAAAGAAAAAGGAGAUUGCAAAACAAUUAUAUGUUCAGUAUAAGAAAUCGCACGGGGAUGAAGGGGAAGUUUCAUUGCUUGAUUUGGGAGAGAAAAGCGCAUCAAAAGGACCCUCAUCACCUUCGAUGGAUCCUUCGUUUGCUCAUUCUACCCUUUCAAGUCUUAACCUAUUAGAUGUUAACCUGCCACCUAAGUUACCAGCGAGAAAGAAUACUCUACCUAAGAGAAUUCCACCUCCGCCUGUUAGUAGAUUGACACCAUCAGUUAAUGGAAAUUCUGACAAUAUGAAAACCCAUGCAUCAACUCCAUCUCUCCCUGUUAGUUCAGCUCUGCUUCCCCUUCCCCCACCUCCUAGAAGGGCAGUGAGUACAGUUCCCGUUGGAUUUUCUUCAACCCCAUUAAUUCCAAGCAGAUCCACAUCUACAACUCCUAUAAAAACUUCGCAAGUGAACAGUAGACAGAAUACACCAACGAUUUCAGACCUCAACUCACUGCCUCAAAAUAAAACGAAUGGCUCAUCUCAACAACCUCCUACUACAAUUGCUCCAACACCAAGAAAACCAUUGGUACCAUCGAAGCCAGUUUCCUUGACAGCUACGAAGACACAUCAUGAUGGUGACAAAGAAAAUGAAACAAGUCCAAAGAAUUCUUCUACAUUUGCUCCAAUUCCACCUGCACCAAGGAAGGCAGGCUCUACCACUCCCAGUAUGUCAAUGAGCGAUUGGAAGCCUUUGGUACCUAAAUAG